AUGCAGCAGACAGUGGACUGGAGCGGCCGGGUACACAAGAAUGAGAGGAUAUUUGGAAGAAAACAGCACUGUUCCACGGCGGCAGAGAUGGGGGCGGAGCUGACCUUCCUGCAGGGCAGACCGCAGACCAGCGACCAGCCUGGAAUCUUACACCCCGGGGUGAACGAAGGAGGAAUGUCACCGCUGAUCACUGUCAGCGUUGGCGCUCGUAGGGUAGCCGGCUGGAGUCGCGCUGGCCAGCAGGGGGCGCCAGAGGAGCGCCUAGCGCGGAGACAGGCCGCCUUGCAGGGUCCCUCCCGGUUCCCCGCCCCAGCCUCUCGGCUUACCCACGGUGAUCUCCCCCAGCUCCAAGUCACCAAACCCUCCCGGGGCCCAGCGGCAGACACAGCCAGGCACCAACCAGGAAGGGCCUCCAAGCACCGGGCACCAGCGUCCCCGUCCCUGAGACCCGGCCUGCAGUGGAAGAUGGUGCUGACCGGGUGCAGCUGGCUUGUCCUCGGUGCCGCAUUCCUGAGUGCGGCCGCUGAGAUCUCCAUCACCCCCGAGCCUGCCCAGCUGGCCGAGGGGGACAACGUCACACUGCUUGUCCGAGGGCUCUCUGGGGAAGAGGUGGCCUACUGCUGGUACGCGGGGCCCACCAUCAGCCUGUCCUACCUGGUGGCCAGCUACAUCGUGAGCACGGGCGACGAGACCCCCGGCCCGGCCCACACAGGGCGGGAGGCUGUGCGCCCCGACGGCAGCCUGGACAUCCAGGGCCUCCUGCCCGGGCAUUCGGGCACCUACAUCCUGCAGACACUCAACAGGCAGCUGCAGACUGAGGUGGGCUACGGACACGUGCAGGUCUAUGAGAUCCUGGCGCAGCCCUCGGUCACCGCCGACAACACAGAGCUGGUGGAGAGGCGCGACACCCUGCGCCUGCGGUGCAGCAGCCCCAGCCCUGCGGAGGUCCGCUGGUUCUUCAAUGGCAACGCCCUGCCGGUCGCCGUCCGCCUCGGCCUUUCCCCCGACGGCCGCACGCUGACCCGGCACGGCGUCCGCAGGGAGGAGGCGGGGGCCUAUCAGUGCGAGGUGCGGAACCCGGUCAGUGUGAGCCGCAGCGACCCGCUCAACCUGACCGUGUACUUUGGCCCGGAGCGCGUGGCCAUCCUGCAGGAUUCCACCACCCGCACCGGCUGCACCAUCAAAGUGGACUUCAACGCGUCCCUCACCCUGUGGUGUGUGUCCCGCUCCUGCCCGGAGCCUGAGUACAUGUGGACCUUCAACGGGCGGGCCCUGGACAACGGCCGAGACCACCUCAACAUCAGCGGCAUGGCGGCCGCCCAGGAGGGCACGUACACCUGCAUUGCUAAGAACCCCAAGACCCUGCUGUCCGGCUCUGCCUCGGUGGUGGUCAGGCUCUCCGCGGCAGCCGUCUCCAUGAUGAUCGUGCCGGUGCCGGCCAAGCCCAUGGAGGGCCAAGACGUGACCCUGACGGUCCAGGGCUACCCGAGGGACCUGCUGGUCUACGCCUGGUACCGGGGGCCGGCCUCCGAGCCCAACCGGCUGCUCAGCCAGCUGCCGUCAGGGAACUGGAUCGCGGGCCCGGCGCACACGGGCCGGGAGGUGGGCUUCGCCAACUGCUCGCUGCUGGUGCAGAAGCUGAACCUCACCGACGCCGGCCGCUACAUGCUCAAGACCGUCACGCUGCAGGGCAAGACCGACACGCUGGAGCUCGAGCUGCAGGUGGCCCCCCUGGAGUAGCAGCGAGGCCACGGCUGAGCCCUCGGGAGAGAAGAGCGGUCCUGUCCCCUCCGGCCUCCAGCAAGGGUGCGGCUGGGGUCCUGCCGUCCGUCUCCGUCUCCG